UGUCCCCCGUGCCAACACCCCUGGGUAAGGGGAUAUAAAAGCUGCUGUCCAGCUGGCCACUGUCAGACCUAGGGGAAGCUCGGCCGUGUGUGUUCCUGACCUGCGACCUGACCGGCUGGGACCAUGGGGUGCUGCCCGGGAGACUGCCUCAAUUGCUGCUCCCAGGAACAAGACUGUUGUGAGGAGUGUUGCUGUCAACAGGGCUGCUGUGGCUGCUGCGGCUCCUGCUGCGGCUCCUGCUGCGGCUCCUGCUGUGGCUGCGGAGGCUCUGGCUGCGGAUCUGGCUGCUGCGGGUCUGGCUGCGGGUCUAGCUGCUGUGGAUCUGGCUGCGGGGGCUGCGGAGGCUGCGGAGGCUGCGGGGGCUGCGGGGGCUGUGGAGGCAGCUGCUGUGGCUCCGGGUGCUGUGGCUCCUCCGGGUGCUGUGGUCCAGUGUGCUGUCAGCCCACACCUGUGUGCGAAACGAAAUGA